GAAAUUUUCUGACAACCUCUCACUUUCCCUUCGACAAGCGACGAUGGGCGCAUCGUUUUCAAGGUAAAUGCAUUCUCAUAAGCUUCCUCUUAUCGAUGUCGAAAGAGGAACUUGUUUCGUCUCAUUGCCUCCAUUUACGCCGGUAGACUGAAUCCCCGUCACAAUGCUGUUCAUUUGGAGAAUAAUGCUUUGUAUUGAAGCGAAAACAAGGCCUGGAAUUUCUGCUGCAGUAUGGCUCAGGACGCUUAGCUGAGAUCACGUCGACCGACGACCGCACGACGGUGAUGAAAGCCGAAAGUGAUCUUUAUAUGCUUGGCAUACCUUACCUUUCGUAAUUCGGGCUGUAUAUAUAUAUAAUCUCCUCAGUGCCAGUUCAAUACUCAGCUAUGCCAUCACUCAAUCCUCCCAGGAAGGUUCUCGUCUCCGGUGCAAGUGGCUACAUUGCAGCAUGGAUCGUCCGUACCCUUUUGGAGAGAGGCUAUACAGUACGAGGGACAGUACGUAGUCUAGCGAAGGGAGAACAUUUGAAGGAGACUUUCAAGUCGUAUGGAAAUAAGCUGGAAAUUGUCGUAGUCGACGAUAUGUCCAAGGUGCCGUGUAACGGCGCUUUCGAUGAAGCGGUUAAGGAUGUGGAUGCGAUACUCCAUACAGCAUCGCCUGUCCAAUUGAACGCAGAUGACCCCCAAGAACUGAUCGCACCCGCUGUGAAGGGCACAGUUGGCAUGCUGACCAGUGCGGCCAAGUAUGGAUCAUCCGUUCGGCGUAUCGUCGUCACUUCUUCGUGUGCUGCACUUGUGCGGUCAGAGCCAGGCACCAUUACCUUAUCAGAAGUCGACUGGAAUGAGCAAGCACCAAAGGAAGUAGAGGAGCAAGGACGGGAUGCAUCGCCUAUUGCGAAAUAUCGCGCGUCCAAGGCACUGGCCGAGAAAGCUGCUUGGAGUUUCUAUGAGGGACACAAGUCUGAGUUUUCGUGGGACCUGACCAUGAUUAACCCGCCAUGGGUAUUUGGGCCCUUCAUUCAUGACGUGCCCACCCUUAAUUCCCUCAACGUCUCCGCAAAAGUAUGGUACGACAACGUAGUCCAGGGGAACGUGGGCAGAUUGUCCCCCGACGCAAUCCUUACACAGCCAGGGACCGCUUGGGUGGACGUCCGUGAUCUCGCCGAAGCUCAUGUCCGAGCAUUGGAGGUUGAAGCAGCUGGUGGUGAAAGGAUCAUCGUCUCAGCUGGCCCCUGCGUGUGGCAGGACUGCAUUAAUGCGACGCAAUCUGUCUCGACGUCUCGCAUUUUACCCAAGCCUGUCCUUGGGGAUGUAAAGUAUGCGGUUAUCUUUGACACAAGCAAGGAGAAGAGAUUACUUGGGUUGAAGUUCAGGACCAUGGAGGAAACAUCGAGAGAUGUCUUGGCCGAUUUUGACAGACUCGGGUGGUGAUUGAGAGGUAUACGUUCAGUCUAUUUGUAUGUCAAACUCACAACUUCACCCCGAUUUAUCUGCCGAAUAAGAAUCGAUUUCCAA